GAUAACUGGGGCCCUGUAUUGAUGAUGGGUCAUGGAUGGGUCUUCCAACAUGACAAUGACCCGAAGCACACAGCCAGGAAAACCAAGGAGUGGCUCACGACAGCCUAGAAACCUGACUGAUUUAGAUGAAGAUCUGUGUGUAGGAGUGGGCCAAGAUCUCUCCUGCAGUGUGUGCAAACCUGGUGAAAAACUACAGGAAAGGCUGGCAGCAACGAGGGGUGUCCCCGUUCCUCGCCGCGAGUGCCUGAAAGUCAACGUUAGACAGACCUGCGAAGAUAUAAUCAGCUACAUCCUGGAGCAAGUGCCGCCUCCUCAGCCCCACCUGCCACGGCCUCGCUUCUCCCUCUACCUGUCAUCUCAACUCCAGUAUGGCGUGGUGGUGGUCUACCACCGCCAGUGUGUCAUCUUUCUACAGGAGCUCCAGUCUAUUAUCGGCCAGCUGUUGAAGUAUAGAGGGACCAGCGAGAUCAACAUGAAGACCUCGGGCAAAAAAACUCUGGUCUUAGCGGAUGAAGCUGAUAUGCUGAUGGACCCUUUGUUUGGUGCCAUAGACGAGCUCUUGCCGAGUCCUGGCGUUCUGCCGAUGGAUAAAAGACUUGAUGUCUCUCCCGAGAUGCCUGGACCAAGUCAGAUGUCUUCAUCUUCAUCGUCGAGCAAAAUCACUGCAUCUCCACGAAAGAUCACUAUGAGAGAGCCAGAACCCGCUCUGACUCUACCAGAGUUUCAAGGUGAAGACCUGACAGACAAUGUUCUGGAUAUAAUUGACAUUCUGAUGGCCCAAGAUGACAAUUUCCUGGGUGGUGAUCUACUAUUGCACAAUGGCACAAUCAACUCAAGUGGUAAACAAACAACAAAGAUAUUCUCUGUGCAUCCUUACUCAGAACUGGACAGACCUGUGGCAGCACCUGGAGCAGAGCAGGAAGGAGAGAGGGCACCAGAGCCCGGGACAGACGCCACUCUCGAAGUGGAUCCUACGAGUGCCGCAGGCCGGGACGUCACCUCGCUCCCCCAGGAUGGGCCCACUGAGAUGCUCCCCCAGGAAGAGCCCACUGAGAUGGCCCAACCACCGGCUGAUCAAGUGACUCCCUCCUCCGCUCCCCCGCCAUCCUUGUCAAUUUCAGAUACGGAGGACACAACGAGGAAGAGGAAAGGGAGACAGCUGAUCUUUUUCGACCCGCGAACACAGAUUCCCCAUAAAGAGCUGGAAAAGCAGCUCAAGGAUCCUCUGCUGGAGACCAGGGUGCGGCCCCUCCUGCCGCCUGAGUCGCUCAGGUUGAAAACUGCGAGUGAGCUGCUGUGUGAGCCCUGUGGGGUCCUACCCGAAGAGUUGCUGUUUCUAUGGAGACAGGCUGCCACCAUCACGCCUGUCGAUGACACAGAGCUCCGGCAAACAGACGUGCAGUCCAGUGAUUCUGACCUAGAGCGUGAAAAUUUGGUGGUGGCUGAACAGAGAGAAGCUUCCAUUGAGAUGCCUCGAGAUGUUGCAGAACCUGGUGCCCCUGAGAUAUCAGGUCCUACUUCAAUGCCACUGGAGGCUUCUGGCACGUCUGAGUCUACUCGAGAGGUCUCCCCCUUGUAUCUGUCAGAGCCAGAUAGGUCCAGACGUGGCACCACACCGCAGAGCAUCUCUGAAAUUCCAGAGGAUCUUGAGAUGUUAGAAGAAGAGGGGAAGGAAAAUGUGGUGCUCUUCCACGAUCUACUUCCACCUGACGCUGACCGCAGGAGUGUCAGCAAGAAUUUCCAGAAGCUUCUUGAAAUAUUGUCGACCAAGAAGUUGCGUGCGGAGCAGGCGGAGGCAUUCGGUGACAUCUUGAUCCUUCCCGGGAUCAACUAUACCGAGGAACAUGAGCCUCAGUGAAGCAAACAUCUGUCUGUUGCUAUAUUGUUAUGUGGGCCAGUUUUCUCUUUGUAUUGUUUUAGCUAUCCACAAUGAAAUGACCUUCCAAAUUGUUCUUGCCAGUUUUAAAAAUGUAGCAGUAACACUGUUUUUACCUGUUCACAACAGUGCUUACUUGUUUUAAAGGGCGGUUUUCAGAAUGCUUACAUUUUACUGGUCUGGUUUUAAAUUGUAGCAGCGGACUUAUUUUCCCAAUGACUUACGUGUUUUAAAGGCGGUAUAGUUAUCAAAUUUAAAAAGAAAAAUGUAAGUUUUACUGUGUUGUUUUUCCACACUCACAGUGUCCUGACCUUCCCAAUAAAGCCGUUAAACAGCCUGUAAAGCAAGUGU